CUUUAGAUUAUAAUGAUCCUCAAAUAGUUAUACAAGUAUUUCUUGAUCUGAAAAAAUAUCUUUUUCAAAAUGGAAAAUCUCUUUUAGAUUUUCCUAAACUUCCUUCACCUGAUUUAACCUUUCUUCAUCAAUCUACUUUACAUGCUACCAAUCAAUUUUUUAAUGAAGAAACAAUUUAUAAUCAGGAUCAUAUUAAUACUCAAUUACAAAAAAUUA